UUCCGUCCAGGAGCACAUGCGCACUAGCUCAUUGUUCGAUCUUCUCGUGCUUGGAACACAAGGCAGGAGCAGAAAAUGUCACGCUACUCAAGACCGCCGAAUACUUCUCUUUACGUGAGAAAUGUGUCCGAUGGAACUAGACAAGAUGAGUUGCGAAGUUUGUUUGGCAAAUAUGGACCCAUAAGUGAUGUUUAUGUCCCUGUGGAUUAUCACACAAGAAGAGCCCGAGGAUUUGCGUACAUACAAUUUGAGGAUCCCAGAGAUGCUGAUGAUGCAUUGUACCAUCUGGACAGAACACGCUUCUAUGGCAGAGAGCUGGAGAUCGAGUUUGCUAGAGGUGAUAGAAAAACUGCUGGACAGAUGAGAAGCAAAGAAAGAACACGCCGUUCACCAUUUGGAGGUCAUGGGUAUGAUGAUCAUGACCGUGGAGAUCGUGGUGGGCGUCGCCGCAGGUCCAGAUCAAGGAGUCCUAGGAGAUCUCGAACAAGAUCCCCAAGGCGAAGGAGGUCCUACAGCAGGUCAAGGAGCAGGUCUUAUGACAGAAAAAGAAGCAUGUCCCCCAAACGACGAUCCCGAUCCUUCAGUCGUUCUCCAUCAAGGGGAAAGUCGCCUGGUGGUCGCAGUCGAAGCAGAUCUGGGGAGAAGUGAUCCUUUUGUCCUAGAUCCAAGUAUUACAUCUGAUAAUCAUGUGAAGAGUGAGCUCGAACAUGUCAGCAGCAUCUUGUGGCAAUGUUGUCUCAUUUCAUCUGUACAUAUCUCAGUGUCUGAUCAUGUGUGCAUCUCGCUGUAUCACACCAUAGCUGUUGAACUGAACAAGGAGACUGACACCCCAAGCGGUUUUCUACUUGAACAAUGCAAGCAGUACACAACUGUUGCCAUUUUAUGUUCUUAAAAGUAUUUUAUCCUGUAAUAAAUGAUAAUGUUGCUAG